AUGAUCACCACCUUCUCUAUUCUUGCGCUCGUUACCAGUGCACUUGGGAACCCAGUUUCAACUCGUAAUGUUCUUGAGACUCGUGACACUUGCACCAUCAACUCUCUCUCGACUGUUACCGCCGCAGAGAAGUGCAGCACGUGCCUGAGGAUUACAAUUGAUGCAUUCACUGUCCCUGCUGGGCAAAAGCUGGUGAUAAGUGCACUAAAUAAAGCGACUAUUAACAUGAAUGGCAAUAUUACCCCAAGUACCAUCCCAACGUUUGCAGCCGAUACUACUUUCAAGACGUCUGGGCCCCUUUUUACGUUAUCUAUCACUUUCAACGGCAAUGGGUUCACCAUUGAUGGCCAAGCCCUAUCCCAUGAUCAAGUUAGUGAUAUAACCUCUGAGAUAUUUGAGACAAAGUUAAAAUGGAAAUAUAACAGGCUUAGUUGCAGCGGAACGGUCAAAGACAUCAAGGUCCUUAACUCCCCUGCCCAGGUCUUUAGCAUGGGCAACGAUGCUACCCUUAUCGUAUCUAACAUAGACAUAAAUAACUCUGCUGCAAAUGCUCCAAACAGCUUGAGUGGAGGCAAACCUGCCGCUCACAACACUGAUGGAUUUGAUGGUUCAACUAUCAACAAGGACUCAAACAUUGCCUUCCUGAAUAACAAGUGUACUGGUGGACAUGGCAUCUCUAUCGGAUCGAUCGCUAGCGGAUCGAAUGUGUCCAAUAUUCGCAUCACAGGAAACACAAUCACUAAUAACGUACAGGCGCUCCGUAUUAAGACUGAUGCAAAUGCUAAGAGUGGUUCCGUCAGCGGGGUAACCUACAGUGGCAACCAUGCGACCGGGUGCACUUCCUACGGUGUGAUCAUCGAUCAGAGCUACCCUGAUACCCUUGGUACCGCUGGCGCAGGCGUCAAGAUUUCAGACAUCACUUUCAGCGGCACAAACAAUAUUGCCAUCAAUCCUUCAGCAAAGGGAGAGAUUGAAGUCAACUGCGCGAAGGGCAGUUGCAGUGGCACUUGGGAUUGGAGUGGGCUCAAGGUAUCUGGCGGUCCUUCGGGCUCUAUCGUUGAUGCAGAUAUCCCGCAAUUCAAAUCUAUAUCACGAAAUUCGUGA